AUGACCGAGAUACUGCCCAAGAAAAAGAGCUGGUUCAACACUUAUGAUAAACAGAAAACAAAAGGCAUGCUCGUCGACGAUUCGAUUGUUGAAACUUCAAUGCUCGAAACUACCUUUGAAGAUACCCGGGACCGAUUCGAUACACGAAAACCAAAUUGGUUUAUGCCAAAGUCAUCUUCUGGACCUGCUACGAAAAAGAAGAAAAAGUACCCGGGCUUUGGUGAAGAAUAUAACCCGGAAUUGUACGAUUACGAAUCGGGCUCUGACACUUCAUCUUCAGAAUAUGUUCCCCAGACUUGGGAUGAGUUUGAGUAA